AUUUGUGUCGUGUGCAAAAUCUUAUGCAAUUUUUACUUAUUUUAUUUUUUUAUAGUUACGCUCGAAAAUGGCCAUUUGGAUAUGGGUUGCUUUAAUCGUAUCAACACAUGCUAAAUACUCAGAGAAUCAAAAAAAUGAACUAAAAACUUUUAUAAAUGAGAUUUCGAUUGAUUUAGCCGUUGAUAUAAAAGGUAUUUUUACUCCUAAAGAUGUAAGCAAUCUUUUGACUAAACUCAACUUUAGAAAUUGCAGCGAAAAUGAAAAGUCUGAGUUUUGUAACUUGUGUUAUACGUAUGAAGAUUUUAUGCAGUUUUUUGAUAAAAGUUAUUAUAAUCAAAACCUGACUAAUCAAGAAUUCAUGAAAGUUCUCAGCGCUUGCAUUUACUUAUUAACUUCAUUAUCAAAAAAUAGUGUCGAGUGCAAAAAAUUCCGUUCCGUUGUUGUAAAUGUUUCGUCAUCAUAUGACAAGGAAUUAAGAAAGAAGUAUGGCGUUUAUAUGAGUGAUAAAUACUAUAUAAAAAAUAUUCUUCGUGACAUCAAUUCAACAUUGGGGGUAUUUCUUACCAAUAAAGAGUGUUUUACUGAUGAUGAUGUUUCAAAAGCUACAAGUCUUGCAAAUAUUGAGUUUGAUAACUUUAAUUCCAUCAAUGUAUUCAUCAUUCUGCAGCUGAUAAAGAAAAAAUGCAUUAAAAAUGUGCUCUCACCACAGUUUUUUAUAAAUGAAAUUUUCAGAGACUAUGGAAAUGAAACACAUAUGACACAGGAAGGCUUUAAAAAUCUUUUAAAGAAAUUAAAAAUUGGAAAAGUAGCUGGUGUUGAUGUGCACAGUAGAAAAAAGAGAUCAAUAUCAAAAAUAUCUUUACCAUUCAAAAAUCGCAAAAGAAGAAGUUUGUCUUUUCAAAAAUGUUUCUCUGCAGAAGAUAUUUUUGAAAUUUUCAAUAUUAAUGAGACAACCAUUUCGAAAGAAAGUUUUCAACAGAUAUGUCCAUCAUUGAUUCAGCAAGUUGUUAGUGGAUAUUGUAUAGAUUCUAUAGAAACACAAAAACACUCUGAAAGUACUUGGAAAUCAUGGGUUGCAACAUUUAUAGCUAUUUUUGUCAUUAAUUUGGGCUCAUUAAUUGGCUUGUUUGCUGCACCUGUAAUUAAAAAGAAGUGGUUUUCAUUUCUUCUUUUGUUCGUAAUCAGUAUGGCUGUGGGAGUGUUAUCAGGUGAUGCAAUCCUUCAUCUACUGCCUCAUGCUCUAGGUUUUCAUAAACAUGAUUCACAUGAUCAUGAAGAUGACCAUAAUAUAUUUGCCAAAGACAGUUUUUUAUGGAAGUGUUUGCUAUUCUUGGCUGGAGUAUAUUUAUUUUUUGUGUUUGAAAUAAUUAUGCAUGCAUUUGGUGCUGGUCAUUCACACGAUGUUUCCUUUCACGGAGAUGAAAUGCUUUCAAAUGGUCACUCACACAGUAAUGGUCUAACUCAAAAUGUUCGCUCUAAUGGUGAUGAACACCACUCAAACAAAAUAAAAAAACCUGAAAAAUAUGUUAUAAAAAAUAAUUAUCAAGCAUGCAGAGAUGAUGGAGUCUUAUACACCCCAACUGAUGAGAAAUUUCAACCUGAUUCAAAUCACAAAAAUGAAUCGAGUUAUGAAAUAAACUUUGUUGAAGUUGAAAAAAGUUUGCAGAGCAAUGGUGUUGAUGGAAUCAAAACAGAUUUAAAAAAUGAUUUCUCUAAGAAAGUCCUACCGAUUAAAAGUUUUAAAUCUAUAGUUUGGAUGAUAUUUGUUGGUGAUGCAAUACAUAAUUUUAUGGAUGGUAUGGCUAUAGGCACUGCAUUUUCAGACACUUUUCCUGCAAGUCUAAAUGGAGGCAUAAGCACAUCAAUUGCAAUUCUUUUGCAUGAGUUGCCGCACGAGCUAGGUGACUUUGCUGUUUUGUUAGCAUCUGGGCUUUCAAUUAAACAAGCUUGCAUCAUGCACUUUAUUUCAUCAAUCACUGCAUUUGUUGGUGGAUCUUUUGGAGUUUCAUUAGGAACUGAAUGGAAUUCUGGUUUUUGGAUUUUAUCAUUUACUGCCGGCUUGUUUAUUUAUGUUGCUUUAGUUGAUAUGCUACCCGAAGUUCUGCAUAACAAAUUAUUAAAAACGAGACCGCUGAUUGCUUGUUUUCUCAGUAUGUUAGGAAUGUUUAUCGGUUUCGCAAUCAUGUUUUGUUUAGCUGCUUGGGAAGAAGAGUUGGAAAAAAGUUUUUACUUUUGUGCUGGUCUUUUACUUCUUAUCCCCAAUAUGUGCAAACUUCGUCGAACAGUGAUUGUUGCUGCAUUUAGUCCCACCUCGUUUAAUUUUUUAGCAAUUGCUGAAAACUGUGAAACAAUGUCUGGUUACAUACGAUUAUUCGAAAUAAAUGAAACAGAUAUACAGCAACUGUUAUUUGCUGACAACAGUAAUGAUGAUGAAAAGAAAUGGUUUCUUAACCAUGAAGAUGAAAGUUUCUUACUUAAAGAUGUUGACUUUGUUGCACAGAAAGUUGUCAUAGAGCGACUAGAUCUUUUUUACGAACCUAGUAACACAACAACAACAAAUAUUGGGGUCAAACAUGUGACAUACUAUGGUAAAUCAAAGCAAAAAUGUACCACCAAUAUUCCAGAAGAAGCAACACAGUUAAAGUUAAAAGCUUACCUUAAACGAUUAACAAAAGCAAUAUACACUCGUCAUAGGCGUAGACGAGCAUGGCUAUCAUCCACAUAUCUUUUAGAAGUUAUUGGUUGGAAUGAAUUAACAAAGGCUAUAUCAAGUGCUCUUUUUUCUAUAUUUUGCAAAAAUGCUUCAGCUAUGACUACCAUCAAUGAUAAACCAAUUGGACCUGAAUUAGUCAUAGCUGAAGCAUUUUUGCAAAAUAUAGAAAAAAGAGCACUUGAUAUAGCCUUUGUUAAUUCAUUCCAACCAAUAACUUCUAAAAGAUAUGUGGAUGAUAGCCAUGCUCGCUUCGAUUCAAAAGAAAAGCAAGAAUUAUUUCUUAAAGCUUUAAAUGAACAAAACCCCUCCAUAAAAUAUACCGUUGAACUUGAAAACAAAAGAAAACAACUUAAUUUUUUAGAUAUUUGUAUUACAAAUACAAUGAAUGGAUUUUAUGAGUUUCAAAUACACCGUAAAGAUGCGAUAACAAAUGUUCAAAUAAAACCAAACUCCAACAUCAACCCGAGCAUAACCAUUGGCGUCUUUAAAGACGGCAUUUCAAAAAAUACUACAUCUAAGCAGUUAGAUCAAAAGUUUGUUAAACUACCUUGGAUACCUAUUAUUGGCCCAAAACUCCGAAGAGAAUUUCAAAAACAAAACAUCAGAGUUAUAUUUACUUCAGCUUCUAGUUUAAGUAAUAUAUUAUGCAACAACAAAACUAAACUACCUCCGAACUCAAAUCCGGGGGUUUACCAACUUAAAUGCUCAUGCGGAAAUAUAUAUGUUGGUGAGACCAAAAAGAAAAUCAUUUCAAGAAGUGCAGAACACCAAAGAGCUUGCAAAAAUCAAAAAUGGUCGAGUUCAGGAGCCACGGAACAUUUCAAAACAUGCCGUGGUAACUUUGAUUGGCUAAAUCCUAAGACCUUGGCAGUCGUUCAAGAAUACAAGAUACGAAAAAUUAGAGAAUCUCUGGAGAUUAACAAAGCGAAAGUUCGAUGUGAGAUAGGUAUUGGGGAAGGUGUUCUAAAUCGAGAUGACGGGGAUAAGGCUGCUUUUUUAGUACACAUUUGUCUUUUACAAAGUUGUUAUUUGGCUAUUGAAUACAAUUCAAAUCAAGUGAUUUGCGGUCGUGUGCAAAAUCUUAUGCCACUUUUAUGUAUUUUUUAUACUUUCUUGUUUUUACGUUCGAAAAUGGCCAUUUGGAUAUGGAUUACUUUAAUCGUAGUAACAAACGCUAAAUACUCCGAGAAUCAAAAAAAUGAAUUAGAAAUCUUAAUAAAAGAUGUUUCGAUUGAUUUAGCCGUUGAUGUUAAAGGCAUUUUUACUCCUAAAGAUGUUAGCAAUCUUUUGACUAAACUCAACUUUAAAAAUUGCAGCGAAAAUGAAAAGUCUGAGUUUUGCAACUUGUGUUAUACGUAUGAAGAUUUUAUGCAGCUUUUUAAUAAAAGUUAUUAUAAUCAAAACUUGACUAAUCCAGAAUUCAUGGAAGUUCUCAGCGCUUGUAUUUAUUUAUUAACUUCAGCAUCAAAAAGUAGUGUCGAGUGCAAAAAAUUCCGUUCCAAUGUUUCCAACGUUUCGUCAUCUUAUGACAAGGAAUUAAAAAAAAAGUAUGGCGUUUAUAUGAUUGAUAAGCAUUAUAUAAAAGAAAUUCUUCUUGAUAUCAAUUCAACAUUAGGACUGUUUCUAAACAAUACAGAGUGUUUUAAUCAUGAGGAUGUUUUGAAAGGUACACACGUUUCAAAUAUUGAAUUUGAUAACUUUAAUUUCAAUUAUGUCAAUGUAUUCAUCAUUCUGCAGCUGAUAAAAAAAAAAUGCAUUAAAAAUGUGUUCAGUGUUCAGUCUUCUAGUUUAACACCACAGUUUUUUAUAAAUGAAAUUUUAAGAAACUUUGGAAAUGAAACACACAUAACACUGGAAGGCUUGAAAAAUCUUUUGAAGAAAUUGAAAAUCGGAAACGUAGCUGGUGUUGAUAUUCACAGUAGAAAAAAGAGAUCAAUACCAAAAAUAUAUCUACCAUUCAAAAAACGCAGGAGAAGGAGUUUGUCCUUUCAAAAAUGUUUCUCUGCAGAAGAUAUUCUUGAAAUUUUCAAUAUUAAUGAGACAAGUAUUUCAAAAGAAAGUUUUCAACAGAUAUGUCCAUCAUUGAUUCAGCAAGUUGUUAGUGGAUAUUGUGUGAAUUCUAUAGAAACAUCACAAAACUCUGAAAGUACUUGGAAAUCAUGGGUUGCAACAUUUAUAGCUAUUUUUGUCAUUAAUGUGGGCUCAUUAAUUUGUUUGUUUGCUGCACCUAUAAUUAAAAAGAAGUGGUUUUCAUUUCUUCUUUUGUUUGUAAUCAGUAUGGCUGUGGGAGUGUUAUCAGGUGACGCAAUUCUCCAUCUUUUGCCUCAUGCUCUUGGUUUGCAUAAACAUGAUUCAAAUGAUCACAAUCAUGAACACGAUUCAAAUGAUCAUGAUCAUGAACAUGACCAUAAUAUAUUUGCCAAAGAUAGUUUUUUAUGGAAGUGUUUGCUAUUUUUGGCUGGAAUAUAUUUAUUUUUUGUGUUUGAAAUAAUAAUGCAUGCAUUUGGUGCUGGUCAUUCACACAAUGUUCUCUCUCAUGGAGAUGAACAGCUUUCAAAUGGUCACUCACACAGUAGUGGUAUAGUAAAUAACAAUGUUCACUCUUACGGUGAGGAACACCACUCAAGCAAAAUAUAUAAACAUGAAAAAUAUGUUAUAAAAAAUAAUUAUCAAGAAUGCCAUGUUGAUGGAGUCUUAUACACCCCAACUGAUGAGAAAUUUCAUACUGAUUCAAACCACAAAAAUGAAUUGGGUAGUGAAAUAAGUUUUGUUAAAGUUGAAAAAAGUUUGCAGAACAAUGGUAUUGAUGGAAGCAAAACACAUUUAAAAAAAGAUUCUUCUAACAAAGUCCUACCAAUCAAAAGUUUUAAAUCUAUAGUUUGGAUGGUAUUUGUUGGUGAUGCGGUACAUAAUUUUAUGGAUGGUGUGGCCAUAGGCACUGCAUUUUCAGACACCUUUCCUGCUAGUCUGAAUGGAGGUAUAAGUACAUCAAUUGCAAUUCUUCUGCAUGAGUUGCCACAUGAGCUAGGUAACUUUGCUGUUUUGUUAGCAUCUGGGCUUUCAGUUAAACAAGCUUGUAUCAUGCACUUAAUUUCGUCGAUCACUGCAUUUGUUGGCGGGUCUAUUGGAAUUUCGUUAGGAACUGAAUGGAAUACUGGUUUUUGGAUUUUAUCAGUUACUGCCGGCUUGUUUAUUUAUGUUGCUUUAGUUGAUAUGUUGCCCGAAGUUCUGCAUAAUAAAUUAUUGAAAACGAGACCGCUGAUUGCUUGUUUUCUCAGUAUGUUGGCAAUGUUUAUCGGUUUUUCAAUCAUGUUUUGUUUAGCUGCUUGGGAAGAAGAGUUGGAAAAUAGUUUUUAAUCGAUGAAUAUUUCUACUUUAUAUUAAAGAAAACGUUUUUGACAAUAUACAAUAUUUUAUAUAUUUUUUAUUA